UUCCAGGUGCAAGGGACAGUAAUAUACCGGUGUAUCACUAGAUGGAGCCCCAGUAUAAGUACCGGCUACUCCCAUAAUACAAUGUGUUGACUAAAGAAAAAGUAUUUUUGUAUAUAUAAACUUUAUCUACUUUAUCUCCAGGCAACUAUUACAGCUUUUUUUUUUUUUUUCUAUGCUUGUCGUAGACAGACCACACCAGUAAGGUGUGCAUACAAAUACUCUGCUGUCUUCCGGGUUGUGGUUAAUAUUUUACACACUUCCCUCUUCCCUGAACAGUGACAGUCAGAUGUCACAACCAUCCACAAGUAGCAGACCUGAGGGACAAAGGACAAGGGUUUAAACUAGAAGAAUAAGUUACAGCAAGAAUAAGAAACCAGAAACCAACCUGGACGCAUUUGACUGACUGGAUUUUGCUGAAAUGGAAUAUUACAAGCUUUUUCUACCCUUAAUUCUGCUGCUGGGACUUUCAGGUGGUGAAGCUGCUGCUAUCAAUGUGAAUGGAACUCUUGGGAAAUCUGUUUUAUUCUAUGUGAAUUAUGGGGUCCCUGCAAACUCUUUAAUACAAUGGAAUUUUGUCCCGCCUGGUGGAGCAGCACAAUUAGUGGCACAAUACUUUUCUACAUAUUCUUGUGAGGAAACACUCAAAGGAAGAUGUGAGGUAUUUCCAAAUGGAUCCUUGAGAAUCGACAACGUCUCCUAUGAUGAUCAAGGGGCUUAUACUCUGAGUACACAAAUUAUAGGUUCUGCCAUCAAUAAUACUCGCUACCAGCUCAGAGUAUAUGCUUCUCUCACGGCCCCUGUUCUCCGCACCAUUGUUUCCAAAAGUCCUCUUACUAGUGGCACCAAUGUGACCCUCCAAUGUGAUGCCACCGGGAAUCAGAAUGUGACUUCUUACAGUUUCUACCGUGAUCAGAAGGCGAUCUGCUCUCAGCCCAAUGUGAUCUGCAGUGAAUCAGUACUAAACUUCACACCAAUAUAUGUAAAUGACAGUGGAUCCUACACCUGCACCAUCGAGAACCCUGUCAGCUCCAACACCAGCAACUCCCUGACUCUGAUUGUAAUCGUUCCGGUUUCUAAUAUCACUGUGACCAGUAAUCUAUCAGGACUGGUGUGGCCUGGAAUAGAUUCCAUCUCUCUCCGAUGUUCGGCUCUUGGUACCAAUGUCAGCUACUCAUGGAGUCUACAAGGGACAACAAUAUCUACAGGAACCCGAUUCCAGCUCAGUGCCGAUAACUCCACGCUCUCUAUCAGCCCGGUCACCACCAGUGACAAUGGGACAUUCGUAUGUACAGCUAGGAACAUAUUAAGCAACCAGAGCAGUGACGUGAAGCUCAACCUGGCCUCUCCAGUAUCGGCAGUGACACUGACCAGUAAUACAUCAGAAGUGCUCUGGGCAGGACAGGACUCGGCGUCUCUCUAUUGCUCAGCUCAGGGUUCAGCCAUCUCGUUUAACUGGAGCAUGAAUGGGAAUCCAGUGCCCGCGAGUCCUCCAUAUUACAUUACUGAUUCCACUCAAAAUUCCACUCUCACCAUCAACCCCGUCUCCAAGAAUGACAGUGGACCCUUCACCUGUACAGCAUCCAACCGGGCAAACAAUAUAACCAGCAAAGGAAUCAACCUCAAUAUCAACUGGUUUCCGGAUGGAGAUAUUCAAUGUAAAGUACUAGAUAUUAACCAGACAAUACAGCUCGGCUGCUCCUGGCCGGGAGGAAAACCUGCAGCUAAUGUGACCCUGAGAUUUAAUGGUACAGAAAAUACAGGCACCGAUGAAGUGAUCAGUAGUGUGACCUCUUCUGGUAAUAUCCAUGGGAGUAAUCUCACCUGUAAUGGAGAUCAGCUGGGAAGGACCUCGAGCUGUACGGUAGCAUUUGUGCCUCCUCUCAGCUUCCCAAAUACUACAAUCCCUCCAGUUACAGAAGGUGCCGCAGCCAUCAUGAGAGUGAAUCUCACAUCUGGAGCCCAGACACGGGCCGGCUCCUCCUCAUCUCAGGUCCUUCCUGCUCAGUUCUCCUGGUUCAAUGGGACAGACAAUAGUCCUAUUCGGACUGGUGGUAAAUUCAAUGUGACUUCCACCUCCUAUGUAUCAACUCUCAAGAUCGAUCCGGUGUCUGCAUCUGAUUCUGGAACGUAUUAUUGUAAAGCCACGAAUAUUAUUGGAAGCACAACCUACUACUUCAAGGUUGAAGUGACAAAAAAAGCUGGAGGUUCGAGUAAUGGUGGACUGGAUGGUGGACAGAUAGCUGGCAUUGUUAUAGGAGUACUCGCUGGUGUCGCCAUCAUUGGAAUCAUUAUAUUCUUCGUGUUGAAGAAAAAAAAGCGGAGCAGUGAUAACGGAAGACUAAAUGGCCCCGAGAAUCAAUUAGAGACUGUACAAUAUGCAGAUGUCAAAAAGGGCAAAAUCAAUGGAGGUAUGGCUGAAACUACAAUCUUAGAAGACAAGGAUGACGUCAAAUAUGCUGAAAUUAAAUUCCCCAACAGUUCAACUCUCUCUACCAAGUCCACAACACCAGCAAAAUCUGAAGAAACCUUAUACAGCGAUGUGAAGAAUGCAUCCUUAAGAUAAUAAUAAUAAAAAAAAUUGAGAUCUAAAAAAUUUACAAGGACAUAAUCACUGUAUGGCAACGACUCAAUGCAGGUUUCCGAGUGGACCUAAAGUACGUGCACACAGGAAGCAAACUGCAGAAUCUAACAGGGUUCAAUCCAGUAUGUAUUUUACUAUUUAAUAAUGUCAAUGUCUAGAUACGUGUAUGCCUUUUGUUCAGGAUCUCGUCACUUUGUUUGCAAAUAUGUUUAUACUAUCGCAUUGGUAUUGGAUUAUUGGUCUGUUUGGAAACUACUCCCUUUACCAUACUGGGAGUCAUAAUGGCACAACAGCUAGAUAACCCAAGGUUACAGACCAUUACUACAUCACUAAAGUCAUGUUUGUUUCCUGGAACAAUUGGCUUACCAAUGGUCAUGU